AUGACAAACAAGUCGGAACCAAAGGCGCUUCUUGAACCUGGAACAUUCCACCUUGUAACGUGGAAAAAUGAAAAACGAAAAGCAGAAAUUCUCGAAAGAAGGAUCCGCGACGACACUUCUAACGAAUAUCUUUACUACGUGCACUAUGAGGGGUUCGACCGGAGGCUUGACGAAUGGGUCACCUCUGAAAGAAUUGGUCGGGCCGUGGCUGCUUCCUCGUUAGGGGCAACUCCAGCAAAACGAGCUGGAAUUGACGAGGAAGCAACCGACGAAGGGGAACCCUCUCGACAGGCUCGUUUUUCAAAGAAGCGAAAGCUUAAUGGCGGUGGUUCCGUAAAGGGACCAAAAAAGCAGGAAGAUGCUCUUGAAAAAGAACAUGAGAAAAACACAAAGGUACGAAACAUCGGUGCUGUUGUAUUCGGACUUUACGAAAUUGACACGUGGUACUACUCGCCAUUUCCCGACGAGUACAAGUACCUCGAAAAGGUAUACUUCUGUGAGAGGUGCAUGAAAUACAUGAAGAUGAAAGAGACGUGGGGACGUCACAUGUCUCUUUGCGACCACCAGCGCUCUCCAGGUGGGUUGGUUUAUGAAAGCGGUCGAAAUAAGAUAUACGAGGUCGACGGAAAGUUGAAUAAGCUUUACUGUCAGAAUCUUUGUCUUUUGGCAAAGUUCUUUAUCGACCAUAAAACUAUCUAUUACGAUGUCGAAGGGUUUCUUUUCUAUAUCUUAACCGAGGUUGAAAACGGGAACGAGGAGCAUAUCGAGAAGGUAUCGUAUGAUAACAACAACUUGGCAUGUAUCCUGGUCUUUCCACCCUAUCAAAGGCAAGGUUAUUCACAACUGCUAAUUGAGUUCAGUUAUGAGCUUUCCAAAAAAGAGGGCAAGAUUGGAUCUCCGGAAAAACCCAUUUCUGACUUGGGUAUGAAGGGCUACCGCUCAUACUGGAACAAGACGAUUCUUCGUCUCUUGAAAAAUUACAAAGGUACAUGCAUAGGCUCGGGAUCCUCUUCAUCGUCGACAACACCUCCCGAACGAACAGACAGUAGCGGCGGGAUUGAUACUGACGGUAACGGAAGCACACAGCAGAAAAAUGAUGAGAUAAUCAAGAUCUCCGUCAAUAAGAUCUCCGAGUUGACUGGUAUUCGUCAGGACGACGUUAUUGAAACUCUUCGUGACUUAGGAUUUCUUAAGUAUAGAAAUCCAAAACCUCAUAGGCAAAUCACAACAAUAUCAGCGGCUAGUCACCCAACAAAUAACAUGGCUAACGGAGAUCACCGAUACGAACCUUACUAUCAGGUUCACAAUAAUGACCAGCAGAAAGACCAGCAAUAUCAAUUGCACCGUGACGAGGAGUACACUCAGAAACGUAACCAAAAUCGUUUCAUCUGCAUCACGAGGAGAAUGGUCGAUGACUACAUUCGAAGCCAGGGGGUAAGGCUUGAAAAUCGAGUUUUUGACAUUUGUGGUCUCAAAUGGCUUCCCAACGGAAAGUCUCAUACGAGCAUAUAUCGGAAGGCUCUGGCUGUUGCUAUUAACUUUUUUUUGACGAACAUUUCUCGUAUGUUUAUCGUCCAGGCAAGGUUUUAA